AUGGACCCGCGCUUCCCGCCGCCGGCGCCGUCGUCCUGCUUCGGCGGGGGCGGGGGCGGGGUGCUCCCGGGACGGGGGCACCACCGGCGGGCGCACUCGGAGACGUUCAUCCGGCUGCCCGACGCGGACCUGCUGCUGGACCCGGACGCGGACUUCGGCUUCUCCGACAUCGACUUCCCCUCGCUCUCCGACGACUCGCCCGCGGCGUCCGACCCGACGCCGCAGCCGCAGCCGCAGCCGCAGCCGCAGGCCCCGCCGCCCCAGCAGCAGGCGGCUUCCCCGGCGUCUGCGGCGCCGCCGAGGCCGCCGAGCAUGGCGCACAUGCGGAGCCUCUCCCUCGACGCCGCCUUCUUCGACGGCCUCUCGCUGCAGGGAAGUGGGGGAGGCGGAGGCGGCGUGGCCGGGCACAAGAGGAGCGGCUCCAUGGACGGGUCCACCUCGUCGUUCGAGGGCGAGUCCGCGCCGACGUCGUCCGUGCUGCCGGACUACGCCAAGAAGGCCGUCCCCGACGACAAGCUCGCGCUCCUCGACCCCAAGCGCGCCAAGAGGAUCCUGGCGAACCGGCAGUCCGCGGCGAGGUCCAAGGAGAGGAAGAUCAAGUACACCAGUGAGCUGGAGAGGAAGGUGCAGACGCUUCAGACAGAGGCCACCACGCUUUCGGCACAGCUCACGCUUCUUCAGAGGGACACCUCUGGUUUAACCACUGAGAACAGGGAGCUGAAACUCCGGUUGCAGGCCAUGGAAGAACAAGCUAAACUUCGAGAUGCUCUAAAUGAUGCCCUGAGAGAAGAAGUCCAGCGGCUCAAGAUAGCUGUAGGGCAGGUCCCUAACAUGAACGGGAAUCCCUUCAAUGGAGGACUACCACAGCAGCAGCAGAUGCCAAGCUAUUUCUCACAACCACAGCAGAUGCAAUACUUCGGCAGCCACCAGGGCCAGCAUCACAAUCCGAACCAUCACCCCCAGAACUCUUCAAACGGUGGUGGCCAGUCCUCGAGUGACUCCAUGGAUUUCAUGUGA